UGUCUCCCUGUACGUCCUCAGGUUUCGGCAUUUCUCGGCUGUCCCUCUCGGUGUGUCGGUGUCUGGCUGCUCCGUUAGUCCGCUCCGUGUUGAUGCUGGUCGGUCCGUGCAGAGCUCCGGUGCCGUUCAUGGAAGAACCGUGAAGUUUUACCGGAGAACGACCGGAGGAGGAGGACUUUUCCCGCGGCGUUGUGUCACAGCCUGAUGCGUUGUGAUGCGUUGUGAUGGAGGAGCACAGCCGCUACGUGGCUCAGCUGAAGGCCGAGUUCGACAGCUGCGACACGACGGAGACGGGAUUCCUGGACAGAGACGAGCUGACGGAGCUCUGCAGCAGACUGCAGCUGGACACACAUCUGGACCUGCUGCUGGACACACUGCUGGGACGACACAGCAGGGUGAACUUCGAGGAGUUUAAGGACGUCUUCGUCUCCGUUUUGUCUCGUUCUCUGGACUUCAGCACCUCAGAGGACGACAGCAGCUACCUGGAGCCAGUGGUUCCAGAGGAGGUGAAGCCAAAGUUCGUGAAGGGAACGAAGCGUUACGGACGACGCUCCCGUCCGGACAGCACACCUGGCGCCGCCCUCACCUGCGACUCGGAGGACUCGCCGCCGUCCAGAACUGAGGCGUCGGACUCGUCGCCGGUCGGCGUCCGCAGAGCCAAACUGAGACGGGCGACGUCUCUGGAGAGCGUCGAGAGCCUGAAGUCUGACGAGGAGGCAGGAAGUCAGAAGAACAUCCAGACGCACUUCCAGUCUGAAGCUCAUCAGCAGGAAGAGGAGGAGCUCGGGGUCGGUGGAGGGCCACAUGUGCUGACAGCAGUAUGUCACCACCUGGGUCUGCAGCGCCUCCACACUGAGGAAGUGGACGUGCUGCUCAGGAAGCUGGACGCCGACCUGGAUGGCAGAGUCAGCAUCACAGAGUUCAAGAAGGUGCUGUGUGGCUCCGCCCCCAUGACAUGCUCCACCCCCGUUCGAUCAGCUGACCUGCAGAGGGCGCCACAUGGGUCUCAGACGGUUCUGGAGGAACCAGGUCUCUCGGCCCGCUCCACCUCUUCCCUGCUCAGCGCCACCGUGGGUCAGAAGGUCCUCAGCCGGCUGGACGACGGUUCUGGAUCCACCAGCCCUAACCAAGUCAUUGCUCUCUGGACUGAGGAGGGCAUCAGGAACAGCCGGGACAUCCUGCAGACGCUGGACUUCCCUCUGGAGGAGCGUCUCAGUCUCACAGAUCUGACUCUGGCUCUGGAUAAUGAGCUGCUGGUCAGCGGCAACAGCAUCCACCAGGUGGCGCUCAUCUCCUACAAGAACGAGAUCCAGCACCUGCAGGAGGCAGCAGAUCAGGCCUGCAGGGAGCGGGACAAGGUGAAGGCCGACCUGGAGAUGGCCGACCAGAGGAACCUGCAGCUGGUCCGGGAGGUGGAUGACCGACACGCCAGCAUGGAGACGCUCAACCAGACCAGGAUCAGAGACCUGGAGCAAGACUUCCGUGAUAGGCUGACGGUGCUGCGCAGCCAAUCAGAGCAGGAGAGCGAGGCGCUGCUGCAGCAGGCAGACCGAGAACGCAGCGCGAUGCAGGAAGAGCUGCAGCUGCUGCGAGCUCAGGAGGCGGAGCUUCAAGAGGAGCUGAACGGCGGCAGACAGGAGAACCUCCGUCUGGACCAAGAACUGAACUCUGUGAAGCUGCAGCUGAACAAAGCUCAGAGCUCAGUCAGCAAACUGCAGAGAGACCUUGACCAGCUGCUGCACGACAAGUUUGGCAGCUUGGACCCGAGUGGCGCUGGUCCAAGUCACGAGGAGCGGUUCUCCGAGAUCGUCAGAGAGUACGAGCUGCAGUGCAGGGAGCUGCAGGACAGGAAUGAUGAGCUGAGCUCAGAGGUGGAGCUGCUGAACAGCCAGAGGAGGAACCGAAGAUCUGCAGGAGACGACGGCAACACAACCCUGAGCUGGAGACAGCAACACUCUGAGUCUGACGACUCGAACAUGAAGCGAAGCUCGAGUCCUUCGACCAGGAAGAAGCUGCAGCCGGCCGAUAAGACAGCUCUCUGCUCAUUGGACGAUGUCUCGGGUUCAGCUGUCAGCAUCCAGACUGAACUGGCUCUGGAGCAGCUGAAGCAGAAACACGAGCAGGAGAUGCAGCAGCUCAACAUCCAGCUGGAGACGCAGGUGAACUACUACAAGCGCAGCCUGGACCUGAUGAGGCAGAGUAUGGAGGUGGAGCGUAAAGACAUUUCUCAGGCCUUCAAGCUGGAGAUCAGUGAGCUGGAAGAGCAGAAGUCUGAGACCGAGCAGCAGGUGAAGCAGCUGAAGGAGGCUCUGGACAACCUGCAGACUCAGAUCCAGCAUGGAGGAGGAGGAUGGAGCAGCGAGCAGCAGCGGAGGAUGCAGUGGGAGCGGGCCGAGCUGGAGCAGAAUUUUGCCAGAGAGAUCGGGAACCUGGUCCAGAGGCUGAGUGCCGAGAAGGAGCAGCUGGAGGCCGAGCUGAAGCUGAAGAUGGACCAGGAGCUGCUGCUGGUCCGGGACGAGUCGCAGCAGCAGCUCGCUCAGAUGAAGCUGCAGCACACCGAGUCACAGCACCGCCUGCUGCACCAGCUGCACCGCCAGAGAGGAUUCUGGGAGCAGCAGGUCAUCCAAUCAGAGGAGCAGCACCAGGAGAAGGUCCGACAUCUGGAGGAGCAGCACCAGGAGGAGGUCCAACAUCUGGAGAAGCAGCAUCAGGAGGAGGUCCAACAUCUGGAGGAGCAGCAUCAGGAGGAGGUCCAACAUCUGGAGGAGCAGCAUCAGGAGGAGGUCCAACAUCUGGAGGAGCAGCACCAGGAGAAGGUCCAACAUCUGGAGAAGCAGCACCAGGAGGAGGUCCAACAUCUGGAGAAGCAGCAUCAGGAGGAGGUCCAACAUCUGGAGAAGCAGCAUCAGGAGGAGGUCCAACAUCUGGAGGAGCAGCACCAGGAGGAGGUCCAACAUCUGGAGGAGCAGCAUCAGGAGGAGGUCCAACAUCUGGAGGAGCAGCAUCAGGAGGAGGUCCAACAUCUGGAGAAGCAGCACCAGGAGAAGGUCCAACAUCUGGAGAAGCAGCACCAGGAGGAGGUCCAACAUCUGGAAGAGCAGCGGUCCAGGGCAGAGGAGGCGGGCCGGUCGGAGCUGGAGGCGUGUUGGGGGCGGAGCAGCGAGCUGGAGGCCCGGCUGGAGGAGGUCUGCACUCAGCUGCAGGAGAGCAUCGGCUUCCUGGAGUCCCACGAGGUUCUGAACCGACGUCUGGCUGCAGAGAAGAGUUCUGUAGAGGAGCGGCUCACAGAACUUCAGGUCGAAUCCGAAACCUGCAGGAGCCUCAGGGAGCAGGAGCUGGAGAACCUGCAGGAGGUGCUGAGGACCAGAACCCAGUCCGUUUCCAGGCUGUCUGCCGAGCUGGACUCCCUGAGAACGGACCGGGCCAGGCUUAUCCAGGACCUGAAGGACCAGGCCAUGGCUGUGGACGACCUGCAGCUGCAGCUGGACGGGAGGAGGAGCAGCGAGGAGGCUCUGCAGGAGGCUCUGAGGCUGGAACGGACCAGAAUCUCACAGCUCCAGUCCGGUCUGGACGAGGAGAAGGAGGAGGUCUGCCGGCUGAGCCAGGAGAACCGGAGCUACAUCCGACUGGCCGACCAGCUCUCCACCCAGAUCGUGGAGAUGGAGGAGGAGAUCUCCACGCUCCGAGACCACCUGAGGGAGCUCAGCCAGCAGCUCAACGACACCGCAGACCUGGUUCUGGACCUCCGGACCCAGCUCAACUCAAGAACAAGCGAGGCAACAGAGCAGCAGAAAAGGACUGGAGAGAGUCGCAGCGAAGUCCAGCAGCUGAAUGCUCAGCUGGAGGCAGAACUGGACCGGGUCAAGAAGGAGGUUCUCCAGCUGCAGCGGGCCCAGCAGGACUCCCAGAAGCAGCAGGAGGCCCGGCAGGACUCCCAGAAGCAGCAGGAGGCCCGGCAGGACUCCCAGAAGCAGCAGGAGGACUUCGAGGAGGAGAAGCGGCGGCUGACGCAGCAACUGAUGGAGCUGGAGCAGCUGGUUCUGGCUCUGGAGGAGGCUUCGGACCCGUCUGGUCCACUCAGAACUCAGCUGGAGGAGGUCCGAUCAGAGAACGGAGCUCAGCAGGAGAGGCUGAAGGUCCUGCAGCAGGAGGUCCAGACCCUGGAGGACGACGUCAGCAAGAAGAGGAGGAGGCUGGAGGAGAUGGAGAAGGAGCACGACAGGAGCAGAGAAGAAGAGGAGAGGCUACACAAGGAGAACUCCAGGUACCGUCAGGAGGUUCUGGAUCUGAGCAGCAGGAACCUACAGCUGAGCAAUGACAACGCUGAGCUGAGCGCCCGUCUCCGUGGAGACCAGGAGUCGGUCCGGAUGCUGCGGGAGCGCCUGGCGACGGUCUCCAAGCAGCAGGAGGAGGAGGAGGCCACAGUGCGGCGGCUGCAGGACGCAGCGUUGCAGCAGGAGAGAGAGACGCUGCAGCAGCAGAACAUCUGGACGCAGGAGAAGCAGCUGCUGCAGAAAGAACUGAGCUGCUGCAAAGAGAAGCUCAGCCGGCAGGCGGACGUGGAGGCGGAGCUUAGCUCAGCGAAUCUGAAGCUUCAGUGGUUGGAGGAAGAUAAAGACAAACUGCUGAGAGACGCUGAGGACAGAAACACCAAGGUGGAGAAGCUGCAGCAGCGUCUCCUCUCUCUGGAAUCGGAGGCGGAGCUUCUUCGCUCUCAGCUGCUGUCCGUCAGUCAGGACGGACGAGGCCACGCCCACGAGGCCGGCGAGCUGCACAGGAAGCUGCAGGAGGCCCAGAGCAAGGUGGAGGAGCUGGAGGGUGGAGUUAGGAGGCUGCUGAGGGAGAAGGAGGAGCUUCAUCAGGAUGUGGAGCAGCUGAGAGUCCAGAACCAGGAGCUCCAGAACCAGAUGUCGGAGCUGCAGGUCCAGGAUCUGCAGGUCCAGAAACUGAACCAGGAGCAGCAGAACCUGAGGAGCAGACUGAGUGAGGCCGAGGAGCAGGCGGUCCGGGCCGACGCCUCCCUCAGCCUGAUGCAGGCGCAGCACAUGCGACAGCUGCAGCAGCUGCAGGAGCGGACGGACGGCGGUCGCAUGGAGCGGCUGGAGGAGCUGCAGGAGAAGCUGGAGGAGGAGCAGAGGAGGAGCCAGCAGCUGGAGGAGGCGCUGAAGAUGCAGCUCCAACAGAGCAGCUCCCAGAUCAGCAUGAAGCAGGACCAGCAUGAGAAGGUGACGGUGGCGCUGCAGCAGAAGGUCCAGGACCUGGAGGUCAAACUGAAAGGAGUCCGUCUGGUUCUGCAGGAGAAAGUCCAGCAGCUCAAAGACCAGAUGGUGAAGAGCAGCAAGGCCAGCAUGCUGCUGAAGGACGUGUACGUGGAGAACUCUCAGCUGAUGAAGGCGCUGCAGGUCACUGAGCAGCGGCAGAAACAGGCGGAGAAGAAGAACUUGCUCCUGGAGGAGAAGGUUGGAGCUCUGAACAAGCUGAUGAGGGAGAUAGUCUCUGCCUCCCUGGCCACGUAGCCCCGCCUCCAUCACACCUAGCCCCGCCCCAUCACCAUGUAGCCCCGCCUCCUGAUCGAUGGAUCGGCAGCAGUUUGAACCUGACAUGAAGCAGCUUCAGCUCAGAGACAAACUGGACUCAGGUCUGAGAAACGUUGGAUUGAUGUGAAUCAUCUCAGAUCAGAUAUUCAGGAGCUGCUCGUUACAUCAGAGCUUUUAAGGACAAACCUGUAAAUGACGUGUGAAUGAGCUAAAGUAAAGCUUCAGAAACUGAUGUCAUCUGAAAUAUUUUCACCCCAAAACGAAACGUUCAGUUUGUUUAAGAAGUUCUCACAAUAUUAGAACCUUCAAAUGUGUAAAAUGACAAAAACAAGACAUGAAACGACAAAAAUUAGAUGUUAAAAUGGCAUGAAAACGAGACAAAAGAACAGAAACAAAACGCAAAAUGAGACACUAAACGAUAAAAAUGAGGCACUAAACUUGUAGAUAAAUCCCAAACUUUGCUCCUACAAACUGCAUUUCUGUUCUCAUAAUUUUAUUGAGAUUCUCUUAAAAACCUCAGAUCAGAUUUUCAUGAAUGAGAAAUCAGAGCCGCUCAUUAGAUGAAAGUUUCUAUUGUUAAAAUAAGAACUUCCAGCUCCGUUUACACUCAGUUUUCUUCAAGGCACUGUGAGUCCACCUGUUCAGACUCCAGGUGAAGGUUCAGCAGUUUGUGGGCGUGGCCUCUGACCUGUCACACCUGUUCAGCAGGUGUGUUGGCCUCCUGGCUGAAGCUGCUUGAGAAUAUUUCAGUACAUUGGACCUUCACAUCCCGCCCUUUGCUUUUCUAUGUUUUCACUGUUGAGAUGAGACAAACUGUACUAUCAGUAAUAAUAAUGAUCAUUUUAUUUUCCUCAUCAGUGUUUUAUCUUCUCCUGCUUCUUUAUUUUACCUAUCCAGGUGCAACAGACCAAAGUGUGACAUGCAGGAUGUAAAACCACAUUAAAUUAUGUUUUUAUCACUCUA